AUGGAAUUGUUCUGGAUUGGACCUAUUGAUCCCCCCCGCAAUGUUGAGAGUGGUUAUGUCCAGGCCUGCAGCUUCGGGAUGGGGGAGAUUGUGUUGUCGCGGGCAGCUUUCCUCUGGGGCACGAUUGCUAUUUACUUGUGUGCAUUCACCUCACUUUAUGUACAAAUCCCAGGACUCUAUGGGAAGGAAGGAAUUCUACCAGUCCACAGGAUGCUGCCCUUCACUGGAAAGCCACUGGUUGAACAGCUGAUGGAUUCUCCAACAUUACUGUGGUUAUGCCCCUGGCUUGGGCUUGACACUGCGCAAGGCAUGGAGUUCAUUUGCUUACUGGGCAUCAGCCUGUCCAUCAUUGCUCUGGUGGCAAAGCCUCUCCGAGACUGCUUCAUCUUUGCAUGCCUGUGGUUCCUCUACCUGUCACUGUACCAGGUUGGACAAGUCUUCCUCUAUUUUCAAUGGGAUAGUUUGCUACUGGAGACUGGAUUCCUGGCAAUCAUAGUGGCACCACUACACUUGAAGAAAUGGCGUGCAACACCUGUACGGCACCAUGAUGGCAUCACGUUCUGGCUGGUGCGAUGGCUUUUCUUCAGGUUAAUGUUUGCGUCAGGCGUGGUGAAACUGACCAGUCGAUGCCCCACAUGGUGGGGUCUAACAGCUCUGACAUACCACUACGAGACACAGUGCAUCCCCACCUCUUUUGCUUGGUUUGCACAUCAGCUGCCAUCUUGGUUUCACAAGUUCAGCGUGGUCAUUGUGUUUGUGCUGGAGAUUGUGGUUCCUGUGUUGUUCUUUGCUCCAAUCCGUCACCUCAGGAUAUUUGCAUUCUACACACAGAUUCUGCUCCAGGUAUUAAUUAUCAUCACUGGUAACUAUAAUUUCUUCAAUCUACUCUCAAUUGUUCUGGGGCUUUCACUACUGGACGAUCAGCAUAUACACUAUUGGGUCAGGAGAGGCAAGAAGCAAAAUCCUGAGAGAUUGGGUUGGUUGCGGACACUACAAUCUUUUGUCGUUGGCCUCACUGAGCUGGCAGUUUAUGUAACAUUGAUUUAUGGAACAAUUCACUACUUUGGACUAAGUCUCAACUGGGAGAAAAGGAUGAUAGAAUCCAAAGCAGGCUUUACUUUCCAUGAGUUUACACGAUGGCUGAAGACCGUGACUCCACUCACCAUCUGGAUUGGUGCUAUGUCCCUCACGUGGGAGAUACUCUCAUCACUGCUCAGCUCCCUCAUGGUGAGAGGAUUUAUCGCCAAGCUCUGGGCUACCUCUCAGUGGGCUGUGUUUGCUGUUGCUGCUGCUGCAAUGUUUGCUGUUAGUCUGGUACCAUAUACCUUCAUUGAGUACGAGGCUAACUCCAACCUGAGACCUGAGGUUCGUCAGCUGUAUGAUAUGGUCGACCGUUACCAACUAGUCAACUCCUAUGGACUGUUCCGUCGAAUGACUGGGGUCGGUGGUCGUCCAGAGGUUAUGGUGGAAGGAAGCUAUGAUGGCCAGAAAUGGAAGGAAAUUGAAUUCAUGUAUAAGCCAGGGAACCUCAGCGUAGCCCCUCCUCUGGUGGCCCCACACCAGCCUCGGCUCGAUUGGCAGAUGUGGUUUGCUGCCCUGGGUGACCACAGGCACAGCCCCUGGUUCACCAGCUUUAUCCAUCGGCUUCUCCAGGGAAAGAGGAAUGUCAUUCGCUUGGUGCAAGUGGAUGAGACCAAAUAUGCUUUCAGCACCAAGCCCCCUACUUACAUCCGAGCCCAGCUCUACAAGUAUUGGUAUACGAUGUACGGGACCGACAGCUCGCUCAACGAUUGGUGGACUCGGGAACAUGUGGGAGAAUUCUUCCCCUCGGUAUCGUUAGGAGACCCCAAUUUGGAAUCACUGUUGCGUGAACAUGGUUUCAAGGACAAAAUGCAGCCGAAACGGGUUGUGAAGGCUAUUUUGCCAUCCAUCCUGAAACUAACCCGUGAACAGGUGGAGCCCUACUCUGGGGAGCAGGUGAUUUGGGGACUGUUCAUUGCUGUGUUGUUCAUCUCCUUGCUCAAGGCGCUAACAAACCGCAAAGGGAGCACAUUGAAGCCGGGUUCAAGGAGACCGGAGAGAAAGGACAUGAGUGGUGGUGAGGAGGUGGAUGCUGAUGGGAGGUGGAAGGAAUUUCGACGAUCAGAGGGUAAAGUGCGACCACCUGCUGAGGAACAGCCACUAGAGAAUGUUCGCAGAAGAAAGUAAUCAUUAGAGUCUCUUUUUAACUGAUUUAUAUUUUUCUAUUUUAUCUAACUCUCUCCCUCACAUUUCUGCUGCGGUUCAUUUGAGAACGAGAGAGACUCUGUUGCCAGACUGCAUAUCACACCUGCCAAAUGACAGAAAUGAUCCCAUCUGAUCCCAGGGUGCCACUUACUUAGGAUCUAAAUGUCUGAGGUAGAAGCAGACUGGUUAUUUAAAAGAAAAAAUUUAUUAAAUCUCCUCUGAGCCUCCUGUGCUCCAUUAAGAACAGUGCCAGUUUCAAGUAUGUCCUCAAAGCCUAUAGUUCCUAUGUCUGAAAUCAUGAAGAAUAUACACUGUUCACUCUGUGGCUUUAAGUAUUUUCUAUAGUGGAGAACCAAAACUGCACAUAGUUUUGAACUCUGGGCUAACAAGUGCUUUGUGUAACUUUAUUAUCUAUUUACACUAAGUUGUGUGUUUAAUUGAAGUAUUUAACUUGGUGACCCAUAGAAUUCAUUAGCAUAAUCUACAGAUUAUUGUACAGAUAUGCCUUGAGUUAUUGGAGCCCGACUGCCCAAGUUUCACUGAUCAGGUAAUCUGUGUAUUGGGGUUCAGUAUUCAAUGUUUGAGAGCUCGUUCUGCGCUUUGGGUUGGUAAACGGGCUGCUUUUUAUAUAUUGAGGGGAUUUUAAGGGUCUCUUCCCAUCUUGACAACAUCUUCUUUUGUCUUUGGUUGCAAGCCUUCCAUUGACAAGGAUCAUGUUAUAUAUUUCCAAAGUUAUGCUUUUGUCUUUCUGUGAGGCCUUGUUAAAUCUUUGUGAAUGGUAAGUCAUUAAGUUUGCUCCAAUAUGACAUCAAAUUCUGUAUUCAGAUGUCUAGCAGUCUGGCUCAGGAAAGGUUGCCGUGUUGCAGUUCUGCCUCCAGGUGUCAGUAACUCACCAUAAAAUCCAUCUGAUUCCAUGGUGUUCAAAUCUCGGAUUCUCACUCACACCUGACUAGACUUGCAAGUUUCCCACUCCUCUUUCUAACCAUGUUUCACCCUGCACCCACUAUGAGUCAGUAUGUUAUAGUUUUUAAAUUGCUGAUUCCUGGUGAAGUGGUAACUUGCCUUAUUUAAUGGGCUCUUGCUGCUGUCUUGAUCCCAAUUUAAUUUGUAAAUUAUCCAUGAUGCUCUGUGUUAAGAGGAAUUGUCAAAAUUCUCACUUCUGCAAUAAAAAAUUCCCUGCUCAAAAUA